CUGCUCACUGCUCUGUUGGGAUUUUCUCCCUGGAAGGGGAAUUUAUUCCUUUUUCCCCCCUUCAGCAGCACGGGGAGAGGAUGGAUGCGGGAUCAUCCGGAGUGCUCCUCACCCUCCUCCUCCUCUCCUCUGUCCUGUGGUUCCUGGUUUGGACAAUUGAUAAGAAAAGAAGGCAGCUGCCUCCGGGCCCAGCCCCGUGGCCCAUCCUGGGCAACCUGUGGCAGAAGGAUGUCCUGCCCCUCUACAGGAACUACGAGAAGCUCAGCAGCAUGUAUGGCCCCAUCUUCACUGUCUGGCUGGGGCUGAAGCCCAUGGUGGUGCUCUGUGGGUACGAGGCGGUGAAGGGUGCUCUGGUGGACCACUCUGAGGAGUUUGGAGGGAGACCUAAAAUACCACUCCUGGAGAAACUGUCAAAUGACUAUGGUUUUGUCUCCUACGACGAGAGGAAGUGGCGGGAGCUGCGGAGAUUCACAGUCAGCACCCUGAGGGACUUCGGGAUGGGGAAGAGCUCCAUGUCCCAGCGGGUGCAGCAGGAAGCCCAGCACCUGGUGGAGCUGCUAAGAAAACUGGAAGGAAAGGCCUUUGAGCCAAUGGUCACGUUCAGACAUGCAGUUUCCAACGUGAUCUGCUCCGUUGUCUUCGGCAGCCGCUACAGCUACAGUGACAAGGACUUUCUGGAGCUACUGAACACGAUUGGGAAUUACAUCAGCUUCUUCCUCUCCCCCAUUGCCAUGGUCUACAACACCUUCCCCACCAUCAUGCACCACCUCCCGGGGCCACACAGGAAAGCCCUGGCCAGGUGUGAGAAGCUGAAGGACUACAUCCGAGGAAGAGUGGAGGUUCAUAAGCAGAGCCUGGAUCCCAGCUGCCCCCGUGACUACAUCGACUGCUUCCUUAUGAAAGGGGAGAAGGACAAGAGCGGCCCAGAGAGCAUGUACAGCAACGAAGACUUGGUCAUGUCAGUAUUCAGCCUCUUUGGUGCUGGGACAGUGACCACGAGCAAUGCCCUGGUCUUCUUCCUCUUGAUCUUGUCAAAACACCCCCAUAUUCAAGCUAAGAUCCAGGAGGAGAUCGACGCGGUGGUGGGCGCUGGCCGUGCCCCCAGCACGGAGGACAGGCUGAGGAUGCCCUACACCAACGCCGUGAUCCACGAGCUGCAGCGCUGCCACAAGACCCGCAUCGAGAACUUCCCCCGCAUGACGACGCAGAACAUCGUGUUCAGGGGCCACAGCAUCCCCAAGGGCACAGUCGUUAUUCCAGUAUUUUCAUCCGUCCAUACGGAUCCAACCCAGUGGGAGAAACCCAAAGAAGUCAACCCAGGUCACUUCUUGGAUGAGAACGGCGAGUUCAAGAAGCGUGAAGCCUUCAUGGCUUUCUCAGCAGGGAAGCGGAUGUGCCCAGGAGAGGCUCUGGCCCGCAUUGAGCUCUUCCUUUUCCUCACCACACUGCUGCAGAGCUUCACCUUCCAGCUGGCUGAGGAGCACAAGGAGAUGGAUUUAUUCUCCCUGUGGCUGGAGAUUGAGAGAAGGGCAAUACCAGGCAAGUUCUUUGCUAUUCGGCGCCCGGUGUCCUCCUAA